UUUAUUGUUGAUUGAUUUGUCUAGGUUUCUCCACUAUGAAUGUUGCUGUUCUACAUGGUGUCCUGAUUCCAUUCCAUUUUGAGAACCUGGAAACUCCUAUUGACCAGAGUCCCACAUAAGCUCUGCAGGGUCUUAUCUUCUGAAGGCCAUGUUGUCAUUCACCCUUUAUCUGUUAUCUGAAGAGCAAAGACCAUUUGACUCUCCCUUUGAUUUCUUGUUUUAUGGAGAAAACACUUUUGGUUAACAAUGGCACCGACUGCAGCUUAGAGAACAUUCCCAGGGCUUUUGGUUCUAGUACCACUGGCUUCUCCAGGCCUUGUAUUAUUCAUUGUGACAACUGCAGUGCUGAAAAGUUUUUCCACUUAAAGGGAAGUAGCUCCCAGAUGGAUAAUCACUGGGAUGCACUCCCUACCAACAUCUCAGUGAAGAUGUCUAAUCUUUGUAGUCCCCUUUGUGCCAAAGUUCCCCCUUGGCUCUUCCAUCCUACUGACAAACAAGUGUUGCAUGGAGAUAUAAAGCAAGAACUAAAGGAAAAGCUUCGGGAACAGAGUGCAAAAGUGGUAACUGAGCCUAAUAAGCCACUUUGUCCACGAAUGCUCUACGACGGGUCUGAGAGAUCUCUGACCAGUAUCUAUGGAGACAAGGAUCAUCCCAGAUCUGAAGCUUUUUCUCGGCCCAAUCUGUUCCAUUCACUCCCCAGCCCAAAGGACAUCAAACAGGAAGCAAGGCGUCGGCUACAGCUCCACAGACAGAACAGCUCCCCAAAUCUUGCUCUUUCUCAUCUAAAGCAAGGUUUAGAUAUGAUCAAAUACAGGAACACAGACUCUGUACAGGACUCUAGGGAAACCAGGAGACUGGAAUUGGGAAGAAAACUUCACCUCAAGGGCCGACUGUACAUUCCAACUUUUGAAGAAUUCAAGAAGAUGAGACAGAAGUUGCUAGACCCAUCCUUAGGUACCCCCAAACAAAGAACUCUUGAAGAGCCCCAGCCUUCUCAGGAAGGUGGUGAGAACAAAACCCCUAUGGUCUUUAAGGAGUCUUCUCUGUUCUCUAUAGCUCAGAGCCAACCAGUUUCAGAAAUGAAUAAUAACUUCAGUGUAGGAUUGUGUGAUUUAAACUCCACCCAGCACCAUCUUAUUUCUCACAAUUCAACAACUGACAAAAAACCAUUUAUUUUACAAGACAUUGACUCUUGGGUUCCAAGUCCUGAGAACUGCAACUCUGUAGUCCCGAGCAGAGAUGACCCUCCAGAUCCCAUCUGUUGCAGCCCGAUUCCCAGGUCUAUAUUGCAAGUAGACCACAAUAAAGAAAAGCAUCAGACAAAAGAGGAAAAGGCAGGCAUUCUAGACCUUUCAUGUGUAGUCUGCCACAGUUCACCACAGUCCCCAGCCUCUGAUGUGCCAUUAUCCUUCUGUCCCACCUUGCUGCUCAAAAUCACUGACCCGACCUGCUAUGGCAGCAAACUGCAGAAGAUGAAGGAAGGGAUGAUUGACUCAGCCCUGGGCCUUAUUAAGAAAAGUUGUAGGCCCAAUGUCAAGUCUCCAGCACAGUCACAGGAUCCGCAGGAUGUUGCUCAUGCUUCGCUGAACAAUAACAACCCUUCACAGAUGUGCUGGAAGGACCUGAAAAACAAGACUGCAAGGGACACUCAAUUGGUUGGAUGGACUUUGAGCCCCGGCUGCCAUUGUUCCAGUUUGAACAAUUCCCUGGAGAACUCCAGGUCCCCCCAGGAGUGUCAACCUCAGCCUCAUUUUAGUGGCUCAACACCAAAGACAACUAGCUGGAAAAAGCACCUGGAAUUGAGGAGUGCUGCCAUCAUUCACCAGCACACAGACAGAUGCCAGACCAAGAAAAACCCUGCCUUUUUUGGAACAGAAUUUCCAGAUAUCCCUCAUGGCUGGAACUUGGCUGAGAACAACUGUUUCCCAUCUGCGAUACAACAUUGGAAUAACAUGGACUGCCUUAGAACAGACAAUGGGAUGACAGAUUUGAGUGAGGAAAAGAAUGAGGAUGAACCAAGUGGAGACCAAGAGGCAGCAGGGCAAGACCCGAAGACUAGGGCAGUUGAGAUAGAACAUGUGGACACUGGCCUUGAGCCAGUCCCAGACAAAAAUUGGCACAGCCAGGCAUCCACAAUGUCAAACUCCCCAGAGGCACAUUGCACAGACUGUGGGGAGAGGAAAGAAGCCUUGAGCCUAGAGGAUGGGAGCCUUUGUGGACAGUGCACCAAGCUACGAUGGGAACGGAAACAGGCAGUGUUGGAGUUCAUUCAUACAGAGGCCAGCUAUGGGGAAGAUCUGCACAUUCUUAAGGAACAGUUUCAGUUGCCUAUGCAGUCCGCUGGACUGUUGAACCCUGGACAGCUGCUAGUUGUGUUCAGCAACAUCCAGGAGCUCAUUGAUCUCAAUGAAAGAUUUCUGAAGAGCCUGAAGCAAGAGAUUUCCCAAGCCUUGUCACAGGGCGAUGAUGACCUGAUGACUGUGUGCAUUGGUGAGAUCUUCCUGGAGUAUGUCAACAUGUUGCCUGCUUUCCAGACUUACUGUCUUCAGCAGGCAUCCUCCAUAAGCACUCUCAGCACCCUGGAGAAGGAAAAGGAGCUACUUCGGAUUUUCCUCCAUGCUUCACAGACUAACAACACGGCACUGAGGCGGAUGAACCUGCACUCUUUCCUAAUGGCCCCAUUGCAACGUAUCACCAAAUACCCACUUUUGUUGAGCCGAAUCACACAGGCCACAGCUACCUUCCACCCUGACUACAGCUGCCUCUGCGAGGCUACAAGUCGCUUAGCCUCUUACUUGGAGCACAUCAAUAGGAAGACAAAACAGGAGGGCAGCUUGCUCUGGCGCCCCUUCCGCCAGAAUGUCUGGCACCUUCAUGAGCCAGUUGCUGCCAUUGAUAGACGGGAGCUGGCACUGAAGACACUAGGCUGGCUGUGGGAGGAGACACGUUUUGUAAUGGAAGGAGGACUGCAAAUGGCUCAGCCCCCCGACGGCCCCUGGACUAGAAAGGGCAGUAGAACCCUGAAGUUCCACGCUCUGCAGGGGAUACUAAUGGCUAAACUACAGAGACCAGCUGAAAGUGGCUCAAGGCAGGGGGGCCCAGCUCAGGGGCCAGUGGGAGAUGCUGCAUUAGUGCUAAUCCGUGAUAAGAAUUAUGGUAAACUGAGCUUGUUGAGAAGCCCGAUUAAGCUGGGCCGGUGCGUGGUGUCAGCUGAUCCUAUCUGCAAGACCUUUGAGCUGCUGGAGAUACAGCAGGGCGCCUUUAUCCUGCGGGAUGAUGACUAUGCCCAUACUCAGCUGUGGCUCCAUCACAUCCGCGGUUACGCCCGGCAGCUGGGAUCCUGGAAGAGGCGGCGGAAUGCCCUGCCCAACAUCAUGAUCAGUAUUCCCAGCCAUCCUUGCACCGAGGGGUAUCCCUAAUUAGGGUUAAAAAGGGAUUAUAAAAAACAUGAUUUCAGUUACAUCAGAUCCUUAAAAUGAUCUUUCUAGGAAGGAUCUAGGUGUGUGCUAAGGACCCUCCUCUCCUUUCUUAGCUAGGACCCUAGUUCCCUCAGUUGGAGAAUACCUAUUUUCCCUGGUGAGACUAAAGAACUCAUUCCUUCUGGUCUGACUUGGCUUCUCUGUUCUGUUCAUCUUGGUUGCCAAUGGAUAGCCCUACCAAGUUUUUGGGAGCUGAAGUAAGAUGCUAUUCAGCCUAGGGACCAUGCAGAUAAUCAGGAAACAGAUUCUAUAUCUUUCUCCCAAUCCUCAGAACCAAAAGGAGAGUGAAGAUGGUGUAAAUACAGGGUUUUUUUUUUGUUUGUUUGUUUGUUUUUACUAGAUCAGACUAUUUUGGAACCAUGUUAAUCCACGCUCCUCUUAACCAAACACAUACAGAGGGACUACUACUUUGCCAAGUGCCUUUAAUCCAUGGGGAUUUCUGGGCUAUGGCUGAGGUGAGGAGCUGGCCAUUUUGGUGUGAUAAUAGGGGAGGAGGAAAGGUAGCCAGGAGGAGUACUACAGAGAAAAGGGGGAGGGGAGAAGGAGGAAGAAGGCAUUAGGUGGGAGAGUAGGUGUCUGCUUUCUAGUGUUUCCUAGUGGGAGAUGGAAGUGUCACCAACCACUGCAAUAGGGAUUAUUCUUGGUAAAUAAUUACCCUAUUUAUACAUUUAUCCAAAAAAGUAUAUAAUGAAUGUGUAUUUUCUGCAAGAUAUUGUAGUCAGAACCCUGAAGCAGAAACUAAGAUAAAUGGUCUCUGCCCUAAAGGGGCUAACAAUAUAAUUCCUUUUUGCUUAUUCAGAUUCCUUUUUUUUUUUUUUUUUUUUUUUUUGCCCUUCUGAUUCCUUUAGUUCAUUUCUGAACUCAUGAUUUAGUCAUUCAACAAAUAUUACAUAGGGUACCUUGGGAGAUGCAAAGAUAAAUAAGAAUGUGCAUGCUUGCCUCCAUAGAGUUUAUAGACUAAUAAGAGGGUUAUUACAGGCAUAUAAUUAUAAUAUAUAAUGUGAAAUUAAAAUAAGAGAUAUAAAGUUUUCUAUUACUUCAGAGAAAGGAGAAAUUCCUUCUGAUUGAAGGUAACAAGAAUUUCUUUCUGGAGAAGAUGGCACUUGAACUGAUAAUUGAAUAAUAGGAAGACAUUAGUUAGGCAAAGCAGAAGGGAAAGAGAUUCCACUCAAAAAGGACAAUGCUGUGGAGUUGUGGAAUCAAAAUGUUUGGGAAAUACAUAAUCCAAUCUGGUUAAAGUAUAGUUCGUGGAAAGAAAAAGGAGAUAAAUUUAGGAGGAUUAGAUUGAGCUAAAAUUGGGGAGCGCCUCUAUAUGACCUCAGAAGUCCUUUCCAAGUAUAAGAUUCUUUAUUUCUGGGGAAAGCCUGGAGAUCUUCAUAACCACUUAGAAAGCCAUUGCAAAUUCUCUAAUUUGGCUCCCAAGAGUUCCUUGUACUUUCUGAAAGUCUUCCAGGUAUAGUCUCUCAAAGACUUGGAACAAUUAAAGGAGAAAAACCAAAUCUACUAGGUAUCAGUUCUGCACUUUGAUAUAUUUAUAUUCUUAGUUGCUGGUCUGAAUUUCUUGCUGCUAUUAGUCAGGAUACUGGACUAAGGAUCUUAGGUUAGGGAGAACAGAGGAAGUCCAUUCUCCUAGAAGAGUUAUUGUGAAUGCUACAACUAGAAAUGUGAUAACUCUACAUUAAAAAAAAAAUCAAAUUAAAAAUUUUUUUCUCCUGAAUUUCUGCCCUCUUCCUGAUUCUCUGGUUCACCU